GGAGCUGAGGGCGGGGCUAUUUCUCCACAGCCGGGGCCCCUUCCCCCAAGGGCCCCACAGCGCUGCCUGCUCUGCCGCCGUGGGGUCAUAUUGCGUGUGACGGGAGGUGGACACAGUACGGGGCUGACAUCAUUAACCCUCUAACGCCCAAGCUUCCUCGGGGCCACAACAGAUAUGGUUUUAUUUGGCCGGGGCGUGAUGCACUGACAGGACAACUUACUUCUACUGUCGAGCGCUCCACAUCGUCACACCGGAGAAAAUGCCGAAGAAAUACAAUCAGAUUUGGAUCGACAAGAUUCUCGAGAUGACCAAAAAGGGACACCGUGUUCACGAAAUUCAGACGUGGCUGCGCAACUGCGGGGUGCCCAUGAGCAAGCAGAGCGUCUGGUACUACACAAAGGGUCUGCAGAAACCCCGACAUUUUACUCAUCCAAUAACCACCCUAGAAGUGAGAAAACUAAUCCGCGAACUGACCUGUGAAAAUGAUGAAACGUGUGCCCGAGACAUAAGGAGGAUCCUAAAGGACAAAUAUGACGUCGAGAUAUCGGAGAGCAGCAUAAGAAGAGUGAGACGGCAAAUGGGCUGGAGCUAUGGAAGGCCCAGAACAAGCCGUAUGAUAAGAAAUGGCAGCAAGGUCAAAAGAAAAUUCCAGGCCAAGGCGAGGAUGGAAAAGAACCAGCAGUUUAAUGAUGAGACGGAUGAGACGUCAGAGGCUUCUCUGCCGAUUGGCACUAACAAGAUGGCAGGUGAUGAAGCGAUCACUGGUGUCCAACCUUCCACAAAUCAGAAUAUGUGUUCAGCUCCUAACGGAAGUCACCAUGGCCCGAAUUUCAACCCUUCUCCCAUUGUGCUCCCCUCCCAGCCCUUUGGCACAUGCAGAUGUGGGGCCCAAGAGAGACUAGAGAAAAUGGAAAUGGAGCUCAAGGAAAUUAAGGAGGCUAUUUCAUCCAUGAGCCAAAUGGUGGGAGAAACUGUAAACAGGGCAAUGUCCUCUGUGAGUGAAGUGGUGGAGAAAGCCGUGGAGAAAGCUCUCUCCUCCAUGAACCUAGUGGUGCCCCACGAUGUCAACACAUUUGAUUAUUCACCUCCAUUACAGGACACAAACCAGAGUUACCCUGAACCCAGUGUCAAGGAGGAACCAGAGGACUAUGUCAACGAAUCAAGCACCAGCGCCUCCGAAAAUGGGCAAUAUCUCUGCGGUAUCCCGUGUGCUGCAGAAAGUACAGUUCCCCUGGCGGUCGUUGCCCCCGUUUCAGACUUUACCCUUCCGGUCGUGGACUCCUCAACGCUUGACCGCCUUCAUGAAACGGCUCGUAAUGAACCCCACCGGUUUGCCCAGUUACUUUUCCAAGAACUUGUCCCAUAUGAUGUCUACAAGACGUGGACAUAUACGGUAAACUAUGACGGCUCCAGGGGGAAGCGGGCACUGCCAGAAAACCUAAGAAACGCGAUCGCUCAGGAGACACAGAAAUAUUAUUUUAUCACCACAGAAAUCGCCAAAAAAAUAAAAGGCACACUGAACGCUUUCCUGAGGAUGCCGAGAGCCAGCCGCUGGUGAACGCCUGCAGCGGAGAGGCCGACCUGUGCCCUCCUUCUGUUACAGGGGAACCAGGAUUUGGUUACCUUUUUUAUAUUGAAGUGACUGGAAAAUCCUGAAUUCUUUAUUGUUGUAAGUAAGAGUUAAUUAUUAUUAAUAGUUCAUUAUUGUUGAUUAUUACAGAGUGAAAGUUUCAAAAUGAAUAAAUCCCCGUUCUGGGAACAAA